AAUUUACGUCAUCAAACCGGAAAAAUUCAGACAUCAAUCGACAUUAAUUUUAAGAAAGGUACAAAGUUUGACUGAAAGUCACCUUGCAUAUCCCGUGACUUAUAACACUGAUAAAUGCCUGUCCAAAUUGAGUGGUUAUAAACUUACACUGUACGACUAAGAUACGAGAUAUGUUCGUCGGAGUGUUGCAUCAUUUUUGUUAGUUUAUUGUUGGCUCCCUAGGUGUCACUGAUCCAGCGUGAGAGCUGAGUCACUUGCCCCUUUACAAAGAGGAUAGACUUGUAAAUUUUCACGCCGCUGUCGUAGCAGCAGCAGCAUCAGCAUCUUCCUUUCAAAACAAACUAUCAAGAUUGCAACAUACAAACAAAAUGUUGGUGAACGUGUUUGAUGAAUACUGUUUUUAGUGAUGUUUCCCCCGACAUAGGGAACCUGAAUCCCCACUCCCAAGAACUACGUCGUUGCGACGUACUGUGCACAAAGUUAAUCUGAACGCCGAGACAAAGCAAUAAACGCCAAAAUGUUGGCUUACGUCAAAAAGAUUCAUAGACACUCGGAUGAACUUCUUCAUCUAGCUCUGAUACUCAGUUUGAUUAGAGUAGAUCCUGAAUCUUAUCUUGGAUUGGGUCUGGGACGGUCCAAUUCCAUUCGGGGAAGUUUCCACAAUAUUACAAUGGGAGACACUUGGGCUCAUGCCCCAUCGGAUUUCCAUCAUGGAUUCAUGAGCAACCUGCCAGAUAUACCCUACUUACAUCCUAAGAGCAUGGAAGCUUCUUUAACUCAAUAUCAAGAAGAGCUCAUUGAAGAUUUAAAUGAUCUUGGGAGAUACACAAGCAUCUUACCCCCACGAAGCCCAAGAACAAUUACCGCUUACCUGCUGGAUGACAGCUCACUCAACCGUGAUUCAAAUUUGCCUAAUGUAAACACAGUGAGCCCUGUUGUUGCUUCUUCUAGCAGUUCAUUGAUAGCUGCCACUGUAAGUUCACAAUCCCAUCAUGAUGAACUACUGGAUUCCAUGCAACCACAAUCACCUCCAGAAUCUUCUAUUCAAGAUGACGCUUCUGUACUAUCUCUGGAGGAUGCGGACCUGAUAGAAAUUUUAUGGAAGCAAGACAUAGACAUUGGAAUCCCCCGUGAUCAUUUUCUCUUUCCGGAAGAUCAAGAAUCCAGCGGCGAAGAUGUCGACACAGCAACGUUGAAGGACAAGUUGGAUUUGAAGGGCGAACAAAAGGAGAAGACCAAAAAUGGCGAAAAUAAGAACGACGAGGACCCUCCGGACAAAUCUCCUUCAGAUGACGAUCCCUGGGCCGGCUUAUCAUAUCGAAUUGAUGAUGAAACAGGCGAGUACGUCUUGCUGGACAAGGCCGAUACAGUCCAGCCGUCCACUUCGGGUGGCGAGUCGGAGGCGUCGGAGCCGUCGGAAGAGGAAGACAAAUCGUCACCUGAAAAGCCGUUGGAUUCGAGUGAGGAUUCCUUGGCGCUAGAUAAAGUUUUUGGCUUUGUCGAUUACGACGAGGAAAAAUUGACCGAGAGCAAUUUCACACUCGGCGCACUCAGCCCAGAGAGUGCGGAACUUAUUGGGCAACUCGAUCCAGUUUUGGGUUCGAUCGUUGCCGCUCGCCAGACAGUCCAGGAGAGCACCUCUGCGCUCAACUUUGGCUCAUUGUUGUCGGACGGCGCUAGCGCCGGGUCGUCUGGUGAAGAAUCAAUCGGCGAUUUGGAUCUGGGCUUCUAUUUCGACAGCCAAAAUAAUCGGGCCCACGAGGAAAUCGAGAACGACGCCGACGACGAGGAAGAAGAGGAGCUGGUCAAUUUGAUUCGACCAGAGUCGAGCGCCAGUAAUACCAUCGACGCCAUCAGCGAGCAACUUGAAGCCAGCCUGGAGGACAUGAUCCAGACAGCCCAGAUGCAUCCACGCUCACUACAGGUGCGCAUGCCUCUUAUGCGCACGAUGAGCAUGGAGCAUCGGUGGCAGGACUUGGCCAACUUCCUCAGCCUACCGGACGGUGCCGCUGCCGCUGCCGCAGCUGCCAACUUGAGCUCGCAUCCGGGCCACCAUCACCAUCACCACCACAGCGGUCACCAUCCGCAUGCUGUUCACCACACUCACCACCCUCACCAUCCUGGUCAUCCUGGUCAUCCGCACCAUGCCAUGCACACCCUUGGACACCAUCCCCACUCGCCGCAUCCGGCCUUCGCCCACCCGAGUUAUCCUCAUCCGCAUUCGCCGCACGGCUCUGUCCAUCCUCACCACCACCACAACAGCUCGCCGGUCCACACGCACCACGGCUACGGUGUCCAUCCAGCCUCCAGCACCGCUACUACCAUCCACCACCACCAUCAUGGCUACAGUGGACUCACUUCGGCCGCCACCCCCGUCUAUCCCAAUUCCGCUGUGGAUGCAGGCGGCAGAGCUGCCCUCCUCCAAAAUGUUUCUAUCGGUUCGCCCCUCACUGAGUUGGGCGGAAACGGAUCCUACCCCAGCCCCGGUCUUGGCGUUGGAGUGACUUUGGGCUCUGCCGUAACAACCUCGAUGAAUUUGACGAACAGCACGGACACCAUGGAGACUGCUGUUCCUUAUAAAACUGAAACUACCGCUGAUAUGCAUUUGUAUUAUCAGAAUAACACCGGCGAAGUAAACCAAACUGGUGAUGGAUUCUUUCCUUCCAUUUUCAACGAGGAUGAUUUGCAGUUGAUGGAUAUGGCCAUUACCGACACCAUGUACACUCCUCGUUUGCUUGAUAACCAACCAGUUAAUCACUCAAUCGGUCUGACUUCCGCCAACGGUGGUAAUCCUGCGGUCUCGUCAGUGAUUCCUAGUACGGUGAUUGAUUCGACCAGCGACAGCGCUGUCAGUUCAAUGGGUUCGGAACGAGGCCCAUCCAUUUCGGAUGGUGACUGGAUCGAUACAUCCAAUGCUACCGAUUCGAACACCACGUCCAUAACCGGAGCCACCGCCGUUUUGCCGUCCGGAUCAGCUUACGGCAUGGAGUACUCUUCUGGUGCUAAAUAUCGCCAUUACGAUUACGGAUAUGGUGGUCGAUCCAGUGGACUUGAAGGUGCGUCAACCAGUGGAAGAGGAAGCUCUGCCGGUACACCUGUUGCCCAAAAGAAGCAUCAGAUGUUUGGGAAACGUGUGUUCCACGACCAGAGCGACUUGCCCGGCUCGCCGGCUGCUGUGACUGUCGUUGGCUCGCCCGCCAAAUUCGAUUACGGAAGUGGCGCUUCCGCUAGUGGAGGCUCCCUUUAUUCGCAUCCUUCCACUCCACUCGAUAGCGCCAGCGGCAUGAAUACAAUGGAUUUGAAAUACGGCUGCGGCAUGGAAUACACUCCGCAUCCGCAUGAUGUUCGAGGUAUGGACCACGUCCAUCAUAAUCAUACUUAUGCACUCGGCUCGGAAGCCAGUGGAACGUCGCAAAGACCUGUCAGUCGGGAUAAGCAUAGAGCUUCAGGAUCAAGCUUACGGGGUAGCGUGAGUGAUACGGCUUCGACGCCGGGAGCUGGAACUAGCGGCUCCUGUUCGGAGAGCGAAGCGUACUCGCGGGAUGAAAAACGCGCCCGCUCCAUGAACAUCCCUAUGACGGUCGACGACAUCAUCAAUUUACCCAUGGACGAGUUCAACGAGCGACUGAGCAAGUACGACCUGACUGAGCCGCAAUUGUCGCUCAUCCGCGACAUCCGCCGCCGUGGUAAGAACAAGGUGGCAGCUCAGAACUGUCGCAAGCGCAAGCUGGACCAGAUCUUGACACUGGCCGAUGAAGUGAAGCGAGCUCGCGAACGCAAGAUCAGGCUCAAUAAAGAGCGCGAAUUCCUUUCCGCUGAGAAGACCCGCAUCAAGGAUCGUUUUGCCCAAUUGUAUCGUCACGUGUUCCAGUCGCUACGCGAUUCUGACGGCCAGCCCUACAGCCCGUACGAGUACAGUUUACAGCAGUCGGCUGACGGAAACAUUUUGCUGGUGCCUCGAGCCACGGCCAUGGCCAAUGGCGGCUCCACCAUCGAUCCUCAGCCUCCGAUCCAGCAACAAUUGAACCACCAUCAACACCAUCAUCAACAGCAUUUACAAAAUCACCACAGCAGCACAAGUAAUGGACAACAUCGUCCCGUCAUGAUCGAUCCCAGUUCCUUGACCGCCCAAAUGGUGGGUAACGCAAGCGGUGGCCCAGUUGGCGGUGGGUCAAGUACGGCAGUUCUACACGGAGUUCGAAGAAAAACACCAGAUCAGAAGAAUGAGCCUUAAAUUGUCUUGAUGUCAAAGUGAGGGAGAUUACCCCAUUACCCAACACACAAAAAUGCAUGGAUUGGUGAUCAUUGACCGCCAUCUAACGCCGGAUCACUAAGACGGCAGCAGCCUAAAAGAAGAAGUCUUUUUGUUCUCUGCUUGACUCGAUUCGUUUCCAAUGCUAAAAAAAAUACGAAAAAACGAAACAAAAACAAUAAUAAAACAAAAAUACAAAAAAACAUAAACAUAAACAAACAAGAAACGACAGCUGGGAGAUUUUUGUGAAUAUUACCUUUUGCGUGAUUUGAACGAAGUAAAUAGCGAUCCUUAUUCAUUACAUAACCGGGGGCUCUAUUAUUGUUUCCUGUAUUCCUUCCCAUAGAAUUGUUUGGUCCUGGAUAAAAACGAAUACAAACAAUGGAUUAAUUUGCCAGUGAUACUAGUAAAUAGGAAUCUUAGUGGUGGUGUGUAUGUGUGCUGUGUUUCCAACCAGAUGGCUCACGCGGCUCUGCUCGUGUUCGUACACUACAUUUAUCAAAGAAACUUACACACGAGCUUUUUCUAUACACUUACACACUCACGUAUAGAGAGGAACGAGAAGUCCUUUUUUCUUCUUUCGUAUUCAUCAAUCAUCAUUCAUUUUCGUUUGUUUUCAGUUUCUUCCCUUGUUUUGUUGGCCCUUCCACUUCCUUUUCUGUUUUGAAUUCCAUUCGGGUUUUUUGUUUCUUCUAUUCUUUCUCCCGUACCCAUCACGAGUGUAUGCGUGUGUGAGUGUGUGUGGCUUGUCUGUUGUCUUCAUUCAAUUAGAGGGGCCCUCCAAAAUAGAAAAGAAAGAAUCGUUCAUCUUUAUAUACCGCGCUCACUUCGAUGGCCUUAUAUACAGUAUAUAUAUAUAUAAUAAUAAUUUGAAUGACGUAUCGUCCUUAACUCUGGCAUCCCAUGGCUGUGUGUGUGUAUCAUUUCAUUUAAUGACGUUUUUUUUUUAAUUCUUCAUUUUUUUCCGUUUGUUUGGAUUCCUCACAUUUUGUGGUGCUUUCGCUCCUUUGUACGUGGGCGGAAUCCGCCGUUCAUGCAUUCGUUUCCCGGUUGGCGGGAAAAUAUGAGAAAAGCUGCGAGUCCCUCAUUCAGAUUAUUCUUUUUACCGAGGAAUUAUUCAUCAAUAUUUUUUUUUUUAAACAAAAAGAUGUUACGUUAUUUCGAAAUAUGAACUUGUAAAACUAACUAGGAAAAGGGGAAAUAAUUUUGUCGGAUAAAUUUGAAGAGGGAUUGAUUUUUUGUUUAGUUUGUUUCAUAUAUAUUCACGUAGGAAUUCCUCUGCGCUAUUUCCGGUGAUUUGAAAAAAGAAACGUGACCGAGUUUAAUAACACCGUAAGCACAUUUUUUUAAAAAGAAAACAGUUAACUUUAAGGUGAAACGGCUACAACUAUAAAUGAAAUAGUAAUCAAUUGUAAACAGCCUAACGUGUCUGUAUUUUGUUUUGUAUCAAAUAUUUGAAUCUGUGCUCGACUAUUAUAUUUGUCCAUUACUCUUAUCCUAUACCUUUAUAUAAUGCAUCAACUUUGUUUUUUGGCAUACGCAACAAUCGUAUCUAAAUAAUACAAAGGAAAACAGUUUUGCUUGA